UCCUCGCUUUGCAAACUGGAAGGACAGGGACAGAGUGAACUGCGCAUCACGGCCGUCCAAAGUACAACAACCCAACUUCAGAGCCGUCCGAUCAGCCCAACGACCCCAACCGGUUUCCACUUCCCCCGUAGCAACCGCUACCGAGUGAGAGCCCCACGCGGCGACACCCCCUCGAUCUACGGCGACCCCGGCGGCGACGAGCCCUCCCCGGCGGCCGCCACGCCUGCGGAUCGCCGGCGAUGAUGGCCGGCCGCGCUCACGGCCACCGGAACCGCCUCCGCCGCCUCAUCCCGCGGGUCCUCCUCCUCCUCUUCGCCGCCUACGCGGCCUGCUUCGCGAUCUACCUCCUCCUCCAUCCCCACCACCCGUCGCCGCCCGACCCCACCCCACGAACCGACGUCCGCGACGACGAAGGCGUCCGGGCGCCGCCGUCCUCCCAGAAGCCGUGGCCGCGCCUCCCGUCCUUCCUCCCCUGGGUCGGCGGACCCCCGCCGCCGCCGCACACCUGCGAGGCCUACUUCGGCAACGGCUUCUCCCGCCGCGUGGAGGUCCUCCCCGCGCGCGGCGGGGGCGGCGGGUGGUUCCGGUGCCACCACAGCGAGACGCUGGGGAGCUCGAUCUGCGAGGGCGCGCGGGUGCGGCUCGACCCGUCGCGCAUCGCCAUGUCGCGCGGCGGGGAGCCCCUCGAGCAGGUGAUGGGCCGCGCCGAGGAGGAGGAGCUGCCCAAGUACGAGCCCGGCGCGCUUCAGGUGGAGGGGCCGGCGGCCGGGAGGGCGGCGCCCCUGGUGGACGCAGCGUUCCUCAACACCUACGUGCCCACCGGCGGGAUCGAGAUGCACACGAUGAGGGCGCUGCUCGAGUCGGCGCGCGUUGUGCCGCCCGGUGAGCUACACUGCUCCCAGUGGGUUGAAGAACCAACACUUCUGGUCACUCGUUUUGAAUAUGCAAACCUUUUCCACACAAUUACAGACUGGUACAGUGCAUAUGUUAGUUCCAGAGUUACAGAUUUACCAAACCGUCCUAAUGUAGUUUUCGUGGAUGGCCAUUGCAAGGCACAAUUGGAGCAAACAUGGGAAGCACUUUUUUCAAGUGUGACCUAUGCUAAGAACUUCUCUGGUCCUGUUUGUUUCCGACAUGCCAUUCUUUCACCUUUGGGCUAUGAGACUGCCAUGUUCAAGGGGCUUAGCGAGAGCUUCAGUUGUGAAGGUGCCUCUGCUCAGACCCUGCGAGGAAAACCGGACUAUGAGAAAACAGCAAGAUUAUCAGAAUUUGGAGAGAUGAUUGUAGCUUCUUUUGAUCUUCUACAGGAUGACAUCAUGUCAUCCAAAAAAUCAAAUGGGCUCAAUGUUCUCUUUGUUCGGCGAGAAGACUACUUGGCCCACCCACGCCACAGUGGUAAGGUUGAAUCCAGACUAAGCAAUGAGCGGGAGGUGUAUGAUGCAAUUGAAAAGUGGGCAAAAGGUCUGAAAUGCAAAGUAAAUGUUGUCAACGGUCUUUUCGCCCACAUGACCAUGAAGGAGCAACUCCGUGCUAUCCUGGAGGCUUCAGUAGUAAUAGGGGCUCAUGGGGCUGGUCUAACACACUUAGCCUCGGCUACUCCUGAUACAAAGGUUCUCGAGAUCAUAAGCAGCAUGUACCGGCGCCCACAUUUUGCUUUGAUCUCACAGUGGAAGGCUUUAGAAUACCAUGCCAUAAACCUCCCAGGGUCAUAUGCUAGGAUCACAGAUGUCAUAAGUGAGUUGAGUAAAAUACUGACAGGUCUUGGAUGCUGACACAGAGGUUACAUACUGGUCGUGCUAACUGCAUUGAUUCAUACUAUUUUAAUUGGAGAGGGUAUUGCACUUGCACAGAUUAUUGCUAUCAUUGCUCCGAGAACCAAAGCAUUUCCAGUUCCAGCAGAGUUUUAGGCUGCCAAAUGCGGAACCAGGAUCUGAUGACACGAAAUCCGACCCAGAUUGUCCACUCCAUUGUUGUAUUCUUUUCCAGCUUAUAGAUUCAUCAAAACUUUGAGUGUUGAGUAUUUAACACGGCAUAUGUUCUCCUUUGUGCAUGCUGUAUGAUUCGCCCAGUUUUGUACUUCUGUCAAGCCGCCGAAGCGAGAUCGGCAACUCCCAAUGAAAAUGUAAGAUGAAGUGAAAUGAAAUGUCGCCAGUGGAUCACAAUGCUCUUGCUCUAGCGAACUUUGUUACUUUUAUCUGCUAGGAUUAUUAUUGUAGCCGUAUUAUUGAUGUGUGGAUUAUUAUUGUUGCUGGGAUUAUUAUUGUAGCUGUAUUAUGGAUGUGUGGAUUAUUAUUGUAGCCAUAUUAUUCUAGCAAA